CCAAUCCAAUCCAAUCCAAUCCAAUCCCAUCCGAUCUUAUCUCACCAUGACCAAGCCAACACUUCUCUCGUGCUUUCUCCUCCUUCUCGCCGGUUCCUUCCGGUACGGCACGGCAGCGAAUCUCCGGGCCAGCAACAUCGGAAGCACCUCGCUUUCGUCCGAAACCGUCCGCGACGAAGAUCUGAUGAGCAUCCGGUCGUAUCUCGUGGUCGGCCUCGACGGCUACGCGCUGGAUGACCUCGACGGGAUGACUCCCGAGAAGCAAGCCGUGGUGGAAUGCGCCUUCCACACCGCCUUUGACGAAGUCCACGGGGACAAGGACGGGAUCUACCUUGCGGGGCAGGAGAUCGUCGCCACCGACGAGGACCCGGGCAACGAUGCCGACUACGGCGACGGACCAGAGGAUUCCAAGCGAGCCAGCUUCAUCGACUGGUCCAAGCGCCGCAAGUACAGACGCCCCCGCUACAUCCCCGUCCGUCCUCUCACUCCCCCGCCUCCCCGGCGGGCGCCCCUGUACAAGCGAAAAACGAAAUGGGCUACCUAUUGGAAAGUCGACGGUGGGGGCAUGUGCCGUUUGUGUAAGUCUGGUGUCAACAGCACGGCAAACGAUAGGAAUGAAAGCUGGGAGUUUAGCUUUGCAGUGCGAUUGCAGCGAGAUUGCGAUUUGGAUUGAAUGCAUGCGUAUCCGAUUGCUUUUGGUGUUGCAUUGUUGUUGUGGCAAUGGGUGGUGGAUCUGCUGCGUUGCCUCUUUGCCUGUUACUUUUCAUCAGUGGCUUGUACUGUGCCGAACUCCUCACCGCCCUAUCUUUGUGUUUUACAAAACGCCAAUAUCACACCAAUCGAAAAAGGUCCCGACGACGAUGCUCUGAAAGUUGUCUCCGGGUCUUUCCUGCUCAAUACCUACGACACCAAGAAGGCCAAGGACGAAGAAAUCGCCUCCGAUUAUGUCUUUGGUGAGGCCAGCAUGAACGCCAUUGCCGAUGCAAUGCGCAAGCAUCUCAUCGAAGGGACCUGUGUGGCAGAGGGAGACGAUUAUUUUGAAUACAUCGAGCGAGUGGACGUGUAUCCCAUCAGCCAGGCCGAAUUCGAAUCCACCGUCGCCGCCAUUGCUGCCUUCAAGGAAACGAGAAAGGAGGCUGUCGCGAGCCAUAACGAGAACGAGAGAGAGGCCCUCGACAAGAACGAAGGCUCGUCUYCUACGGGACUCGCCUCCCCGCCUCUGGUGGAAGCAUCUCUUCCGUUUUACUACGGUACUUUGGUGGCUUCUGAUGCUGCCGCAACUUCCGCCAGCAGACACUUCAGGAUUGGUUUGUCGGGCAUCGCUUGCGGGCCCUGGAACAACCAAGACCUGCUCGAUGUGAACUCUGCGCUCCACAACUCCAUCAACUCCCUCGAGGGUCUCRGCGACAAGGGCCAUACCAUCGACAAGAUCGUCGGUGGCGCCACCCACCGACCCCGACCCCGAAACUACACCUGGGGGUGCGGCUUCGAUCUGUAUUCCAGGCUGGACGUGGCCGGGGAAAUGAGCGAUUCCGCCCUCGACGACAUUGGCGACUCGCUAUGCUCGGAGCUCUAUUGGCUCGGGGGCAACAGGUUCGAGCACGCCAUCGACUGCGGCCUCGAACCCCUCUCCGUCACCGAAUACAACGAAGCCGUGGCGGUCACCAUCGCAGCGGACGGCAACGCCGCGAGUGGAGGCAUGCUGCACCACAAUGGUGCUGGUCCCUCUGCCACCACUACGCAGGAGUAAAGGAACGACGGCAGCACAACCGCUGUUACCGAUCGAACACCAUGACGACUUUCCUUUGGGCUCGGACAGCAGGCCGUCCUUCGAUCCUUCCAUCCUUGCUCCUAAUUUUUCUUACUAUCUUCGCACACAACGAUGCCGAUACGCAUGAUAUACAACUUACUACAAACUACAUACUACACACUACAUAUUACAUAUUUCACAAAAGCAACGAAUACUCGGCUGCAGCACCAGCACCUUCCGCCUCUGUCGAGAAGAAACCUAUCCGAGAUGAUUGACAUUCCUUGGCUUGUUGGGACGAAAUUCUUUUCAAUACAUAUUUACAUCUACAUAAUACUUCUAUUAAUCAUAUUUGCAUUCCACAUGAAUUCUUGCUACUGUAGUACACUACACAAAAAAUGUGCCCUCGUAGGGUUUAGAUGAAUCGAAGCACUGGUAAGGAUUUCUCAAUUCGGGGGACGGAAGGUAUCUUUUUUGUUUUGUUGUCGAAACGGGGGUCAUUCACACUUGCGAGCUGAUUCGCUGACUGACGAUGACUCACUCGUUCGCUCCUCAUUGGCUUUGUUUCCCUGACCGCGAGGSAGGUGCCCUGCUUGGAUUCAGAUUUUGGGAGUAACAUCCUUUCGUUUCAUUCGUACCAGUGUUCAGGGGUACGUACCAAUGAGUACCGUUCGAGCUCGUAGUAGUGGUGGUAACGUACCGUACGUACUACUACGAGUUACCAUACACAACUCGUACGAAGUAUGUUCGACAUAGUAAGCUCAAACGAAGGAAAGUUCUCGUACUGUACCUUCGUCGGAUUCGUUUUGUUGGCACACCCUUCCAGACUGCGUCGCACUGAAGCCAGAGAGAAUACGAUGGAKGGUGGUUGCAAUCGGUGAGGGGAUCCGUUCCGUGCCGACCCGUUUCAUUUCAUCUCGCCGACGUUGCGCCACAGCGAAUGCGAUGGCGUCGCACUCGCUGCCGCUGUCCGAUGCCAUCGAUUGCUGCCACAGCACACCGCAAGAACACGGGUGCGAACAGCAGCGYGAGUGCGAAUACGARUAUGAAUACGAGUACAUCGAUGUGGUGUGGCURAAACGCGAUGUCCGCUGGACCGAUCACGGCCCGCUGUCGGAAGUCGCCACGGGAGGCUCCCGGGGAUUCGGUYGGCAGCCAAAAAACGGACAACAAAAACAACAAGCACUUCCGGCGCCACGGGUUCCGAGAAAGUUUGUCCUUUUGUAUUUGCACGAACCCGAUCAGUUGAGGGUUCCCUCGGUCCACGGUUCCCAUCUGCGGUUCGUCCACGAAGGCCUCGUCGACAUGGAGGAGCGGUUGAAAGAAUACCAAAAACAAACCCCCGGCGAAACUSGCCACCACCAGGAGUCGGGAGCAGCCGCGAAGGCAGCAAGCCCAGAGGGAUCGGCACAUCCCGACCRCGAACAGAGUGGYAGUAGAAGCCAUAGCAUCAUCUCGCCUUCCUUCGAAUACCUCACCGUCUGUCACAACACAAUCAUCUCGACGCUGGCUUCGAUUCAUUUCCGUUACCUGGCAUCGUCCGUAACCAUUUCUCCGCAGCAAACACGGCAAGAGAUACCACCACCACCGCSAGACGGAACGACUGGCACUGGUUCCGAAAGUAAGCCGGCAGUGCCCGUCGUCAGGAGAACCUACUACAAGAUUGCGAGGCUCCUUGCGCACGAAGAAACUGGGCACUGGGAGUCCUAUCAGCGGGACGAGCGCGUCCGAAAAUGGUGCGCCACCCGGGGCAUCCCGUUCGUCGAGUUYGGCCAGACGGGCGUCACCCGGGGGCUGAGAGACCGCGACGACUAUCUUUCCCGCUGGAAGGCMUUUAUGGCCAAACCCCCCUACCCGAGCGGCCCCGAUCUGGCKAGCUCGGAAUCCUUCCGGGAACGGUUGCUGCUGCUCGACAARCUGCCGGGAUUCCUCUCGUCUCCGAACGGGAUCGCCGGCCUGUUCGACGACGACCACGCCGCGGCCRCGAACAACAACCCUGCGGGUUCCGCUGCCGCGAUUCUGGGGGAGCUMCCGGCCGCCCACCGAUCCGAUCGCCCCCGGCGGGAGCAAUGCGGCGGAGAAACAAGGGCCUUGGGCACCCUGCGGUCCUUUUUGUCGAGCCGGGGAGCAAACUACGCGGCAGGGAUYUCCUCGCCCAACUCGUCCUGGAACUCGUGCAGCCGGUUGUCCCCGUACCUAACGUGGGGCCACAUCAGCCUGCGGUGGGUCCUGAGAUCCCUCGAGGAAACGAGGGACCGCCUGCGGAAGGAACAACAACGACAGAGAAAGCAAAAACUAAGCGGCAACAACCCGUGGCUCAGAUCCUUACAGGCAUUCGCCUCGCGUGCCCACUGGAGGUCCCAUUUCAUCCAAAAACUAGAAAGCGUAAGUCUAUCACCAAAGAUUGCGGUCAUGUGCAUUGAAUUGAAAUGCAAUUCGUCUUGCUCUUAUUCCUUGCCAGAUGUUGGUUUGUUUGAGAAAGCACUAUCGAGACGACAAGAGACAACCCACACCAAAACACACCUAGCCUAACAUAUUGCAUCACACUCCUGCUAUUUUGUUGUGAAGGAACCGAUGCUAGAAAAGCGGGACCUGUGUCCAGCAUACCAGCACCUGCGGCGGGGGGAGGGAGACUGGGACCAGGCCAAGUAUGACGCGUGGGAGAACGGAACCACCGGGUACCCUUUUGUCGACGCGUGCAUGAGGUGCCUGGUCGAGCACGGGUGGAUCAAUUUUCGGAUGCGGGCGAUGCUGGUCUCCUUCGCCACCUAUAACCUGUGGCUGGACUGGAAACGGAUAGCCCCGCACCUGGCGAGGGUGUUUCUAGACUACGAACCGGGGAUACACUACCCACAGCUACAGAUGCAGKCGGGGACCACUGGGAUCAACGCAAUGAGGGUAUACAACGUGACCAAGCAGGGAAAGGACCAAGAUCCGAAGGGUCGCUUCAUCCGAAAGUACGUUUCGGAGCUCAGAAAGGUACCGGACCAAUACAUMCACGAACCAUGGAAAAUGUCGGAGGCUCUGAAACAGAAAUACUACCACAACCAAACCAUGCUCUUUUCCUCCGUUCGUAGCAAGGAUAACGACAGCGGUGACGUCCGUUAUCCGGAACCCAUCGUGGACGAAAAAGAGUCGGCGAGGAUUGCGAAAGAAAAGCUGAACACCGUGAAAAAAGAAUUGUCCACCAGGAUUCAAGCCAACCAGGUGUUUCUCAAGCACGGAAGCCGAAGCCGACAGAGCAACGAGUGGAACGGUAGGACAAGAGGAUCCGCGGCGUUGCCAGCAGCCAUCGAAGCCCUCGGGAAACAAUGCCAAACAAAGACAAGCAGUGGUGGCCGCCAGCCCAACAUCCGAGACGCCUUCUCCGCCGCUGCUGUGACCGCCGCUACAUCCAAGAAAAUAGAGCCAAGCGACUGCGGCCCGCCAAUGAACAAGGAAGUUGUGGAUCUCACGGCGGGGAUCGAUCGCGGCCCGCCGAAACGGAGAAAGCCUUUGCCCACUCCCACAAUGACCAACAAGCGAAUCAAGGCCGCCCCUGUACCGAUGCCGGGAACCAACGGAGCAAUGUCAGCAACAGAUAGUAAAAGGGGGAGCUGGAGCUGCACCGCGUGUACAUUUCUGAACGAAAAACCACACGGACUCGUAUGCACCAUUUGUGGAACACCACGAUGAAGUUUAUGCUAUUCUUGUCGCUGCAUGAUUCGCCUUUGCAUGCGUGCGGAAUAAAUCACAGAGUACAU